UGUCGCUAACUCGCUUUACUGUAAAGCAUGUUGGAGGUCAAGAGGAAGACAGCGAAAUGAAAAAGCAAUAACCAGUUCAGUAUGAAAAUAUGAGUUCUUUAUUUUCGGAUGCGAUUUAGAUUGAAGGUAAAUUGAUACACUGUGUUUUAUACCGCUUAGUCAUACCUAUCUAUUUUUAUUCAUGCGUUUAAUCAGUGGGAGUCUGAAUCACGUUCUCGGGAUAGCAAUCCUAAGAGGCCGGAUAGUUAGGCUAGCUGUUCUAUCUAGCUAGCUGUCUGCCACAUCUUCCCUCAACGAUUCUUACUGGAAAAUAUUAAAGUCGCACCAGACAUGGAUAACAACGCUCCGGGAUCGGGUGGUUUCAAAGGCGGACUCGGAAAUCUCUUUGGAGGGAGUGCUCCUGAAUAUUCCAACACCGAGCUAGCUGGUGUACCAUUGACAGGAAUGAGCCCUCUCUCUCCUUACCUUAAUGUCGACCCACGCUACCUGGUUCAGGAUACAGAUGAGUUCAUCCUGCCAACAGGAGCCAGUAAGACCAGAGGAAGAUUUGAACUGGCCUUCUUUACCAUUGGCGGCUGCUGCAUCACAGGUGCUGCGUUCGGCACGGUGAACGGUCUCAGACUGGGCCUGAAGGACACACGGGACAUGGGCUGGUCCAAACCUCGUAAUGUCCAGAUUUUGAACAUGGUGACUCGUCAGGGUGCGUCAUGGGCCAACACACUGGGCUCAGUGGCAUUGCUGUACAGUGUAUUUGGUGUGGCCAUUGAGAAGGCCAGAGGAGCCGAGGACGACGUCAACACAGUGGCUGCUGGAACACUCACAGGGAUGCUCUUCAAAGCCACAGGAGGCCUGAAGGGUGUGGCUCGCGGCGGUCUCGCAGGCUUGGCCAUGUCUAGUGCCUACGCUCUCUAUAACAACUGGGAUCACCUCACCGGCUCAUCCUCCUCUUCAAGUCUGUACUGAACUUACCACCAGGUGUCCUCAGUCACCUUUUCAGCUUUCCCAGAAUCACUGUCCACUUCUUCUGAGAGGAGCAUUUUGCGAUGCUGUUGGAAGCAAGUUGUUGAACCAUGGACUGAAUAACGACUUGAAUUCCACUUCCACGCCCUCCUAAAGUAUAUGCUCUUUCCCCACAAGUUUCUGACAAGUUCCCACCCACCGGAGGAGUCCCCCUGUCACACACAGACAAAAAUUUAAAUUGUUUGUUUUCCCAGCAAUUAUUUGUGAAGUUAUUUGGUAGAGUUAUGAAACUCCUCAUUCUUUACUAAUAUUAAGCCCAAGUUGUUGUUCCAACUCAGCUGAUGUACAUUUAAAAUUGGGCAAGGUUACAUGUCUGAUUGCCUACAGUUGGAGUACAUUAUAUUAUUGAUGUCAUGAUAAAAUAUAUUAAAAUAUAUGUUUUUAAUGUUG